CAGCUGCAUGGCCAUGUGGCUUGCAGGUGAGCACCUGGCUGUGUGGACUCAGGUGGCAUGCAGGACGGAGUCCAUGGGUGCAGGGUGUGGCCAGCUCCUGCCUCCUCACAAGGAAGUGGGUGGAGACAGCUCAUCAGGGACAGCCCUGCCCGCCCCUCCCAGUGCAGGUGCCCACAGGUGGCCCACACCUCCAUCCUGCUGCUGCACUGCCAUGGCGUCCAGGGGCCAGACCCACUCGGGGCCCAAGUACGUGGGCCUCUGGGACUUUGUGGCACGGACGGAUGAAGAGCUGAGCUUCCAGGCGGGGGACCUGUUCCACGUGGCCAGGAAGGAGGACCAGUGGUGGUGGGCCGCCCUGUUGGAUGACUUGGGCCAGGUCCUGGCAGAGGGCUAUGUGCCCUACAACUACCUGGCUGAAAAGGAGACUGUGGAGUCUGAGCCGUGGUUCUUUGGCCACAUCUCCCGCUCCGAAGCAACACACCGGCUGCAGGCAGAGAGCAGCUCACCGGGCACCUUCUUGGUCCGGGUCAGCGAGAAGUCGGGUGCUGACUAUGUUCUCUCUGUGCGGGACUCUCAGGCCGUGCGGCACUACAGGAUCUGGCGGCACGAGAGCGGCCGGCUGCACCUAAACGAGGCAGUGUCCUUCUCCAGCCUGGUGGAACUCGUGGACUACCACAAGGCCCACAGCCUGUCCCAUGGCCUGCAGCUGACCGUGCCCUGCUGGAAGCAUGAGGCUGAGCCCCUGCCCCACUGGGCCAACUGGGAGAGGCCACGGGAGGAGUUCUCGCUCUGCAGGAAGCUGGGGGCCGGCUACUUCGGGGAGGUCUUCGAAGGGCUCUGGAAAGGCCAGGUCCGAGUGGCUAUUAAGGUGAUUUCCCGAGACAAUCUCCUUCACCAGCACACCUUCCAGUCGGAGAUCCAGGCCAUGCAGAAGCUGCGGCACAAGCACAUCCUGGCGCUGUAUGCUGUGGCCUCUGCGGGGGACCCUGUCUACAUCGUCACGGAGCUCAUGCCCAAGGGGAGCCUGCUGCAGCUGCUGCGGGACUCUGAGAAGCAAGCCCUGCCUGUUUCCGAACUGGUGGACAUUGCAUCACAGGUGGCCAAGGGCAUGUGCUACCUGGAGUCACAGAAUUAUAUCCAUCGGGACCUAGCUGCCAGAAACAUCCUCGUGGGGGAGAACAACACUUGCAAAGUGGGAGACUUUGGGCUGGCCAGGCUCAUCAAGGAGGACAUCUACCUUUCCCACAACCACAAGAUCCCUUACAAGUGGACGGCCCCUGAAGCGCUCUCUCUAGGGCAUUACUCCAUCAAGUCUGACGUCUGGUCCUUUGGGAUCCUUCUCCAUGAGAUUUUUAGCAGGGGUCAGACACCCUAUCCAGGCAUGUCCAACCAUGAGGCCUUCCUGAAGGUGGAUGCCGGCUACCGCAUGCCCUGCCCCCUGGAGUGCCCACCCAAUGUGUACAGGCUGAUGUGUUCUUGCUGGAGCAGGGACCCGGAGCAAAGGCCUUGCUUCAAAGCCCUGUGUGAGAAACUCUCAGGCCUUGCCAGGUAUGAGAACCUGCUCUGAGCCGCCUCGGGGCCAAUAGAGAGGCCUGGGCCACCAUCCUGGGCCUCAGUCAAGGGCAUGCACUGUCCUCUGGCUUACUGAGAUGGUGGGGCAGGAGCCACACGGCACACCGUGGAAAAGAGAAAACAGCAGAAGCAGGGGGCCCAUUGCCCACCCCCUCGAAGCAGGCGCAGCCCCGCUCGCUGGCCUCCUCUCCAGUCCUUCUCCCAACAGGCGACAGGUAGGGGGAGGAUGACCUGAGCCACAGGACUUGCUGAGUUCUUGCCAGCUUGCUGCCUUGGAGCCUGCCUCCCAGCCCAUCGCUCCUCCAAAGGGGUUACUGCUCCUUUGGGUUUUCGUUCCCAAGGUCCAGUCGCGUAAGUCUCACACAGAAGGACUCCGACUGCUUUUCUUCCGUUAACCUGUCCCUGUUGGAACGAUCUCACUGUGAAGCUUGCAAGAGCAAGGAAAAGAUACUAACUUUUCUCCCUAUGUUUUCCGGGGCCCAAAGAGGGGAGGCUGAGACACCCACUUGCCUCAGAGUUGCAGAGGAGACAGCGGGGACAGGGGGUUCUUUCCUGACUUCUGCCCAUAGUGUUCAGUUGGCAGAGGAGGUAGAAAACGUGUUCCUCUUUCCAAAUCCAGCUAGCAGGAGGAAAUGCUGACAGUCUGGUUCUGGUGCCCAUGGCCCACACUGCAGCCAUGGCCCCUCUGUCCUGGGAGCCUGUCUUUGGAAGUCAGAACAUCUUUUUGGUCCCUGCCAGCCAGAGGCUGUGUCGAGCCGGGGCCCCAGCUUCGCUGCCUGUGGCCACAGCAGUCUCCUCCUCCUCACACUGUCUGGGGAUGCAGAUCCAACCUCCCACUGCUCAUUCAGCAACUCUCGGCUGUGAUGAUGCCGUAAAGGACUUCCGAGUUUGAUCUUGCUGGUGAGAGGGCUCUGGUUUCAAGGAAGAAGAAAAGGAGCCCAGCGGUGCCAACAGUACUUGCUGCUCGUCCCAGUGAAAGCUCCUAAGGAACACUUGAAAGACUCUUCGAGCUCGCUAGUCAGAGGCCAGCCUGCCUGGGGGCCUACGUUUGGGCUGCAGUGUGAUCUCUGAGGCCUCUCUUCCCGCACUGGACUGCUUCGGCCCUCUAGUCCCGCGGAACAGAGCUCUGGCCGUCCUUGCCCUCUCCUCUGGAGCUUAUGGGCUCCCCCGAGCUUUCCCCUCCCCGCACCUCUGUGUCAUCCCUCCCGGUCCUCAGACCCUUCCUGUCCCUCUCCCUACAAGCUCCUCAUGCACUCAGACCUCAGGACACGUGUUCGCUAGAGGCCCGGGGUCCCCAAAAGCUGCUGAGGCUGAUGAGGAAAGAAGUGAGUGGAGGUGGGCACAACGACCUCUCCAGACGGCUCCCAGCCAUGGAAGCGGUCAACGGCCUCCCUGUCACAGACCUCCAAUAUUCGGCAAAUACACCCAGACUCCCCCUCUUGAGAAAAGCAUUUUCUCUGUGCCUUUGAGAUGAAAAAUUUCUGCCCUCUCUAAAACCUGAUAGUUACCUCUUGGAAACACAAACUUCAGGGAAGUGACUGUCAUUGGAGAACACAAAAGGAACUAUUUGGAAACUGGGGGAAUGAAAAAUCUUAGAAGUGUUUUUUUUUUUUGGC